AUGUUCACAAAAUGCUCUAGACAAGCAGUAAAUAGACUGGGACGUUUUUUCAGCAACAGUUCCAUUACUUUUCAGACAAUUGGCAGAAUUAAAGGAACAGAAGCCAACUCAAAGAAAUAUUUGCAACAAAAAUACGUUGUCAUUGAUCAUGAAUAUGAUUGUGUGGUUGUCGGAGCUGGUGGAGCCGGAUUGCGAGCUGCAUUUGGAUUGGCAGAGUCAGGAUUUAAAACAGCAUGUAUAUCAAAAUUGUUUCCCACUAGGUCACAUACAGUUGCAGCACAGGGAGGUAUUAAUGCAGCACUAGGUAAUAUGCAUAAAGAUGACUGGCAUUGGCAUUUUUACGACACUGUGAAAGGAUCUGAUUGGCUAGGCGACCAAGAUGCCAUCCAUUAUAUGACAAAAGAAGCACCAGAUUCUAUCUACGAAUUAGAGCAUUUUGGAGUUCCAUUUUCUAGAAAUGACGAAGGCAGAAUCUACCAAAGAGCAUUUGGGGGCCAAACAAAAGAAUUUGGUAAAGGUGGACAAGCCUAUAGAACAUGUGCUGUUGCUGACAGAACUGGCCAUGCUUUGUUGCACUCAUUGUACGGUCAAGCUUUGAGACACGAUUGUCAUUUUUUCAUCGAGUUCUUUGCUAUGGAUUUGCUCAUGCAAGACGGUGAAUGUGUUGGUGUAAUAGCCUACAACCAGGAGGAUGGAACUAUACAUAGAUUCCGAUCUCAUAAAACCGUGAUUGCUACUGGUGGUUACGGCAGAGCAUAUUUUUCAUGCACUUCAGCACACACAUGCACCGGCGACGGAUACGCUAUGGCAUCUAGAGCAGGAUUACCUUUACAAGAUUUAGAAUUUAUCCAAUUUCAUCCUUCUGGGAUAUAUGGAUCAGGUUGUCUUAUAACAGAGGGAGCAAGAGGUGAAGGUGGAUUUUUAGUUAAUUCCGAGGGUGAGAGAUUUAUGGAAAGAUAUGCACCUACUGCCAAGGACUUAGCAUGCAGAGACGUGGUCUCUCGUGCAAUUACGAUGGAGAUAAAUGAAGGCAGAGGAGUUGGUUCUGAGAAGGACCAUAUGUAUUUACAAUUGAGUCAUCUUCCUGCAGCUGUUUUAAAGCAAAGAUUACCAGGUAUUUCUGAAACUGCUCAUAUUUUUGCUGGUGUCGAUGUAACGAAGGAGCCAAUUCCUAUAUUGCCAACUGUACAUUAUAAUAUGGGUGGUAUCCCAACUAACUGGCAAGGGGAAGUUUUAAAAAAGGGUACUGACGGCAAAGACGAAGUUGUCCCUGGGUUGCUUGCUUGUGGUGAAGCUGCCUGUGCAUCUGUUCAUGGUGCCAACAGAUUGGGCGCUAACUCCUUGUUAGACUUGGUAGUUUUUGGAAGGGCGGUUUCUCAUACAAUAAGAGAUAACCUCACACCAGGAGCUCCCUUACACGCAUCACCAGCUGAUUUAGGUAAGGCUUCCAUUGAAAACUUGCAUAGAUUGAGAAAUGCAGAAGGUACAAAAUCAACAGCUGAAAUUAGACUAGAUAUGCAAAAAACAAUGCAAAAGGGUUGUGCAGUGUUUAGAACAGAAGAAACGUUAGAGGAAUGCGUUGACAAUAUCAACGAGGUUGACAAAUCAUUUGCUAACGUUAAGACCACUGAUCGUUCGAUGAUUUGGAAUUCUGACUUGGUGGAGACUAUGGAAUUACAAAAUUUGUUAACGUGUGCCACACAGACUGCAGCAUCUGCUUUAGCAAGGAAAGAAUCAAGAGGAUCACACUCUCGUGAGGAUUAUCCUGACAGAGAUGAUGUGAAUUGGUGGAAACAUACUUUGUCUUACCAAAACAGUGUUGGUUCUAAAGUAAAAUUGGACUAUAGAGAUGUGAUAAAAACCACGUUGGAUACCACAGACUGCCAACCGGUACCGCCAGCUGUUCGUAAAUACUAG